AUGGCGAACAUGGACUGGUUGAGACCUGAUGGUGUCCAGCACUCACCUCCGCCGCAUCGGUUGCCACUUGGACCCUCUGAUUUGUGGCAACUCCCGAUCAUACUUGUCUACGCUGGACCACCCACGGCGACGGCGGCGAACUCACGGUCUCCUUGGCGAGGGCGGCGAACUCACGGUGUCGCGGCCUCCUACCGAGCUCGACCACCCACGAAACCACCUUGUAUAGGAUCAACGCCGCCACCUGAUUGUCAAGUUGGUCCCUUCCUCUCCACACGCUCGAUGGAGAUCGGAUCAGGAGCAGGAGAGAUGGGUUGGACGUGGAAGAAAGCUAAGGGUUGUCUAAGAAAACGUGGCGAUAAGGACUCGGGAGCAGAGGUUACGGUCAAUCCUUGCGUGGAAAGUGGAGAGGUGGGAAUUGAGCUGCAAUGUAUUUCGGUACCAUUGCUAGACAUCCGAUGCAAGACACGGGUUUUGUGUUGUAGUGGAAAAGCAGCUGCUGCACUGCACUGUAGUGUACAGUACACACAUGUGGUCCUGGUGCGCUUAAAAAGAGAAAAUGACCGCUCCACGCAGCCGCAGCAUGGUGUCAUCUCCGCCCCCCCUGCUUUCGCCAAACUACCGUCCUGCCCCUUCGUUGCAUUUACCGUUCUGCCCUCCAUCGGCCUCAUAUAG